UCAUAAUUUUUUGUUAGCCCUGACACUUCACGUUUUAUUACUUGAUCACCAAGCAACCAUUCUCUAUCUCUCUCCAUCCCUUUCCAUUCACCAUAAAAGGCCUCUUAACACCAUUGUAUCACGCUUAUCUUCUUUCUACAAUUAAACCCCCACAAUUUUCUCCAUCUACAAUUCUCUUUCAACUACUCUUCAAAUUUUCACUCAUUGCAAAGUGGCUGCAGAUAGACCUAUUCUUCGGUGUGGUUUUUACUGGAAAAAUGGUGGAGGGAGGUAAGGGAUCGGUGUUUCCGGUGAUAUUUUUCGACGGGGAGAGGGAGAUUAGCAUCGGCAACAUCAGAAUUCAACCGACGCUUGUGUUUAAGCCUUUUCAGGUGAUGCUCAGUGAGAGAAUCGGGAUUUCACCGAAUCAGAUUUCUAUUUACCUAUGUGAUCGUCAAGGCUCCAAGUUCGAGGAUCGACGGAAAGUUCCUGUCACAGGUAAAGCGAAUUUCGCAGUGAUUUCUCGUGAGAAGAAUUGUUUCUUCCUCGUAGUCAUGAAGCGUUCUAGAAAAGUGCGGAACCGGAAGGUGAAGACUAAUGGUGUGGAGUUAGGAGAGUUUUUGAAAGAAAAUGUGCUUUCACAUCUCUCUUCGUCGGAGAAUUUGAUUCUCCUGCGGCGAAACCAGACGGAAAUGAAUCAGUUAUAUGAUCAAAUUACGCAGACGGAAUUGGCGAGCAUGAAUGAACCAGUGCAGAAUCUACAGCUCCAGAGGGAAAAUUUCGACCUAGUGAUGCAAACAACGAAUCCGAAUCUGAUGCAUUUGAAUAGUCCGAGUUCAUUUCCGAGGAUUCAAGAUACUUAUCCGAAGAAGAAAUCACUCUGCUAUGAAUGUGCGAAUACGACCUCCAACGGUGAAACGUCGAUGUUCCACCACUGCAACAACGACACCGUACUUGUUGGUUCGUUCAGGAGCCGUUCUGGACCGGUUAACCGGCCAAAAAAACAAUCUCUAUGAAACCACUUCACCUUUCUGGUGUACAGACUCUACAGAAUUAUACAGAAGUGGUACAAUCAGCUACGCUGUGGUACAUGGUAUGUGUGUGUUAGCCUAAAAAUUAAAAGAGCUAAAUAGAUUAGCAAAAGUAGAAAUUACAGACGUGAAAAUUGUCAAUUACAUAAAUGGCUUAGGAUAAAUAUACAUUUGACUGGUGGUUAGAGAGAGGAGUUUCGCACUGUGAUUGUUUUCACCUAUUUUUGGUAAUUUGGGAUUUACUAAAGAUGCUUAUUGUGA